AUGGUACCAGCACUUGUAGAACGUCCUCAGCCAAGCAUACUAGCCGAACGAUGGCGUCCACCUUGGUGGAUUCGCGGUCUGAACACAAGCAACCCACGCCAAAGUCCUCUUAUCUUACCUUCAGUCUCAGAUCUACCCAGCGAUAAACCCUCACCUGGCGAAGGUCUCUGUGUCGAGCUGUUACAACGGUCCGUUUUCGCUGCCACUUGUGCCUGUCCCCCCGGUCGGGCUGGUCUGGGUUGUAUGCGAUUUCCAGACCGUGUACACCAGCAAGCCAAUCACUCCUCAUCCGCUUUGUCCGGCGUUUAUGAUGACAGUGAGUUGGAUUAUGUGUGGUCCGGUCACUCCUCGGAUGCCCUACUCUUGGCUCUAUCCAACCUGGCUUUUCUUCCGGCUGUUGGAUUGUCUCUGUUGCGACGUUUGUGGAUUCCCGCACUGGCCUACUCAUACACACUAGUGUUUUCUGCGGUCAAGGAUGAAUCUUUGAUCCCCAACUAUCCGCGUGGGCACAUGAACAUGCUGAACAAGCGACAGGGCCCGGACAGCGAAAAGAAGUUCUCUGGAGAGCAAAUCUGCAUGCUGAGGGCAGAUGUCAGUUUCCCAAUCAACAUGGGGCGCGUUGAAAUCACCCAAGACAAGACAAUAUCCAUCACAGGCGUACCUGUGUAUGCUGGCCAGCAGCUCUGGGACGUACAUAGCUGGUGUGCGUUGUAUCACAUAUGCGACACGGAUGUCAUGAACAUUCCAAUCCGCGUCGGGGCGAGUGCGAUCGGUGGUGCGGCCAUGUCUUUCGGUGGCUACGCUUUACCCAAGUCUCGCGGUUACGAAUUGUUGGGCAGUGAACCGUCCGGUUAUCGUUCCUCCUCAUCGGGGUUCCGUUUCACCUCACCAACUUGUCCGUUGCCUUUGGAAGUGCUCUCAUUCUGUGACUUUUUUGGUGGUGUCCUGUCUGUCUGGGUCACCAUUGUGGCAGCUACCGCUUGUCCACUUCGCUACGCCCAAUUGGCCUACGUGAUGUUUGUACUGUCGUUGACCGUCGCUGUGCAAGUGGCUCGUUACUCAACUGGCCUGUUUCUUAUUCCGUGCGUAAUCGGAAUUAUUAUGCUCAUUGGUUCUUGGACUUGUCGAUCCAAGCGCACCGGUCGGUUGUUUCCACCCGUUCAGUGGUGGUUGGUCAGCUUUUUCCCUGGCCUCUUGCUAGCUGGAAUUGGCCUUAUUCUAUUCCUAUCGCCGUGGAUGAGUCGGAAUUAUGCACGUGUGCAUAGUCUCUGGCAUAUUGUGAUCGGUCUGUCCCUGUUGGGUUUACUCCCAUGGCCCCGACGAUGGCGUAUCGCUCUAAUCAAAGUAGUUCCCUUACAAACUCCACUGUCCUGUGGAGGUGAUCACUUCAUUCCCCGUCACAUACACGGUCCUCAUUCUACCGGAUCAGUCCGUCCCCGUCGUCGUUCUCCAUCUCCAUCAACCGAACCGCUUAAUCAGGACCCAGUCCCCGAAGCUCCGGUACUUACACCUCAGACCACAUCUACUCAGGCACGGGUGUUACAAACCGCCGGAAAAAUGUAUUCACAAUCUCGUUUCGUUGUUUCUCUCGUGCACCGGACAGUUGCGGUUUGGCGUGAUAGGCUGGAUGUAUGGCUUGAAUUAGACCGCCUGCUUGACCCGAUGGUUACUCGAUGGCCGAAUUUGGAUUGGCUUUUGCCGAAUGGUAAGUGUAAUAAUUAA